UGGGGCCACUUUCUCAUUGAAGCCAGGCUAAGAGGGGGAAAAAAGGAUCAGUUCUGUUAAGAAGUCUUCCUUUCCAUGGUCACGAUCAUAAGUCCGCUCCUUGCAACGCACGGGCCACGUCUGCAGCGCUUCUCGGAAGGAUGUCGAACGCCGGGAUAACACUAGCCGCCGUCACGCUCCUCGUCCCGAUGUAUUUGUGCUUGCAGAUGAAUGAUUCUCCAUUCUCGCUCUACAACAAAGCUUUGAGCUCGUGCCUACUGAAAAGGUCCUCCCGCUGCCUCGAGGUGCGAUGGACGAGCGGCGACCGCAUGUUUGUCACCUCCACCAAAAAAUGUCUGGGGGCGCAGGGCAAAAGUGUGGGCAGCGAGGUCAACCAGUACGACUGCGACGAUAGGACCGACCUGCAGAAGUGGGAGUGCAUGAACGGGACACUGCUGGCGCUGAAAGGCCAGAAGCCAGAGCUCUAUAUUGAGCUCAAGCCGGACGGAGGCAUCGCGCUCUCCAGGACGACAGGACCCGGCAACAGCUUUACAAUCACCGGGACGGCCAACGGCGCCUGUUCUAGAACCCACAGAGUAUUGUACUCCAUUGACGGGAACGCGUAUGGAAAGCCGUGCAUGUUCCCCUUCCUGUACAAAGAUCGGUGGUUUGGAGACUGCACGCCGUUCGACUCCUCUAUCAAGCGCCCCUGGUGUGCCAUUGGGACCAAAUAUGAACACGAGCAGUGGGGAUACUGCCCGACAUCAUCUUCGGAAUACUGGAAGAAGAAUCACAUCACAGGAGCUUAUUAUCAGCUCAACGCUCAGUCGGUUAUGAGUUGGGCGCAGGCUGACGAGAGCUGUAAACAGCAGGGCGCCACCCUGGUCAGCAUCACCAAUCCCAACGAGCAAGCUUUUAUCUCAGCACUAUUAGGAAAUGUGAAGAAUAAGCUUUGGAUCGGGUUGGUCCUGAACCCCGACCAUGGUUGGCAGUGGACGGAUAGCAAACCCAUGCGAUUCCUGAGAUGGGAUAGUGGAUUCCCGCUUCCUAAUCCGGGCCACAACUGCGCAUUCCUGGAGUCGGCCGGCCAGCACAGGUGGCAAACUUUCUCCUGCUCAAAGAAGAUCGGCUAUAUCUGCUACAAACCUGGGGCCCCGCCUCUGCCGCCACAGGUUGAGCAAGGAUUCUGUUCAAACCCCUGGAUUCCGUACAACGGCCACUGCUUCCAUCUCCUUCGGACCCCCAAAACGUGGUCCGAAGCGCAGAAGGAUUGUCGCAAGGAGACGGGGGAGCUUGUGAGCAUGCGCUACAUUGAGGACCACAGCUUCGUCAUUUCUCAACUGGGAUACGCCUCCACCGACGAGCUUUGGAUCGGCCUGAAUGACAGGAGGACCGAGGGCCUGUUCGAGUGGAGCGACCUGGCUGACGUCGCCUUCACCAGCUGGGAGUACGGAGAACCAACACUCUUGACAGACAACGAGGACUGCGUUCUCAUUAAGGGCGAGAAUGGCAACUGGGCAGACCGCUCCUGUGAUGAGAAACAUGGCUUCAUCUGCAUGAAGCAGAGCAGCACGGACCACCAGCCAGAUGAAGUUCACAUGGAUAUUGGCUGCAAACCUGGUUGGAAACGACAUGGCUCCUACUGCUACUUUGUGGGGACAGAGAUCAAAAUGUUUGACGAAGCCAAGAACGACUGCAAGGCAACAAACUCCUACUUGGCUGAUGUGUCAAACGGGGUGGACAACGCCUUCUUGAUCAGCUUAGUGGGGGCAAGGGCUGAGAAGUAUUUCUGGCUGGGCCUCUCAAACCAGAAGAACUCUGACGAAUUCGUGUGGACCAAUGACAACGCGGUCAGGUUUACUCACUGGAAUAAUGAGAUGCCAGGUAGGAGACAAGGCUGCGUGGCCAUAACAACCGGUAUUUUGGCCGGCCUCUGGGAUCUGCUGCCUUGCGACAAUAAGGAGAAGUACAUCUGCAAGCAUCUGGCUGAAGGGGCGGUCUUGACACCGCUCCCGCCUACCAUUAGCCCCCCGCAGUGUGUUGAGGGCUGGACACGAGUGGGAACGAGAAACAUCUGUUCCAAGUUCUUCACAGGGCCCCGUUCGUUUGAGAAGACCUGGUUUGAGUCCAGAGAUUUCUGCCGGGCCAUCGGAGGAGAUCUUCUCAGCAUCCAUAGUAGCUCUGAGAUGUUUGUGGGACGCCACGGAAAGGCCUGGAUUGGACUUCAUAUCGCUGACCCGAGUGUAGGCUAUGUGUGGAGCGAUGGAUCCCCACUCAACUUCCAACACUGGCAAGAGGGGGAGCCAAAUAAUUUUCAAAAUUCGGAAUCUUGCGCCGAGUUCCGCAUAUUUCGUUUCGAUGACUCGGGCUCGUGGAACGACGUCCAUUGUGAGAGCUACAACGACUGGCUUUGUCAGAUCCGCGCGGGAGUGACUCCAAGGCCACCUCCAAAUGACACUGCCACCGACAUUAACACGACCUCAGACGGAUGGCUCGAGUGGCGAGGGAGUCAGUACUACAUCAAUCGAGUCCCAAUGGCCAUGGACGACGCUCGGCAUUACUGCAAGCAGCACCACGGUGACUUGGUGACGAUCAACAGUGAAGCUGAAAAUGUCUUCUUAUGGAAACAGAUUUCCAGAAGUUAUGGGACCUAUUACAUAGGUUUGUCAGUGGACCUAGAUGGCUCAUUUUGGUGGAUGGACGGUACUUCAGUGGGGUACCAAAAAUGGGACGAGGACCAACCUAAUCAGAAUAGCUAUGAUCAGAACUGUGUCGCUAUGUCCUACUUUAUGGGCUUGUGGCGUGGCUUCAACUGCGGAGAAGAGCAUCAGUUUAUUUGCAAACGUGGGACGACGGCGCCAGUCAACACCACCGCAGCCCCCACAGUUGCCCCCAGAGGUGGCUGCCCACUCAAAUGGAACAAAUUUGACUCCAGGUGUUACAGCAUCAACAGUAACCGCAAGACCACGUGGGAAGAGGCAAGGAAACAAUGCUACUCUAUGGGAGGAAAUUUAGUCUCUAUACCCACAAGGCGUGUGCAAGCGUAUUUGGUCACCAAAAUGGCAGAAGUGGCGGCAGACCUGUGGAUCGGGUUGAACAGUUUAAAGCAAGACGCGUUUUUUUGGAGCGACGGAAAACCAAGGCAAUACACCAACUGGGGCUACUCUAUACAUCGACGUCGUCCAGGGACAUUUUACCAAAGAUGGAAUGAGGAAAGUUGUGUUAUCGUGACCAACAAUCCCACGAAUGGAAUUGGCAAAUGGUUGAUCAAGUCCUGCAACGACACCAAUGGCUUCAUCUGCACCAGGAAUCUUGACCCGGGUCUCCCAUCCCAAGGCGAACCGGUCGUUCCCAACAUCUUCGUAUCCCUGGGAAACGACAGCAUCAUGGCCGUGCCUGUCAAUAUGACGUGGGAUGGCGCCAAAACACACUGCGAAGGCAACAAAGCCAACCUGGCCAGUCUGAGGAACGAGUGGACCCUGGCUUACGUGGAGCUGUUGGCCUUGAAUCUCAAAUCCCCUCUGUGGAUCGGACUGAACAAAGACCAGACCGGGGGUUAUUUUAGAUACAUGGACGGCUGGCAUAUGAGCGUCGCCAACUGGGCUGAAGGGGAGCCCAGCCAGGACCGGCCAUGCGGGUACCUGGACUUGGAUGGAAAAUUUAAAACGAGCCCCUGCAAUCGCACCAUGUACGGCGUUUGCAUGCAGUCGACAGACGUGGCGCCAACACAGUCAGCCAGCUUCCCGGGACUUUGCCCCGAUGACGCCAUGGCGGACUACAGCCAAAGUUACACGUGGCUGCCAUAUAAGAGUCACUGUUACUUGUUUGUCACAGACGAAAUUGAAUGGGCGGAUGCAGCCACGAGCUGCGCAAGACAUGGUGGAUUUUUGGCCAGCAUCGAAGAUCCCGAUGAGCAAGCGUUCAUUCAAAGCAAUGUGGAAGUGUUCGAGGACAGCCACACCUCAUUCUGGAUCGGCCUGUACAAAACUCAUAAAGGCACAUGGCUGUGGCUGGAUAAAACCGUAAUGGACUACACAAACUGGGGUUCGGAAGGUGCGGAGAGGGACUACGGAGAGAUACGAACCUCCGAUGGGGAGUGGUCGUCGGGCAUGAAGUGGAAUGACCGAGCGUACAUCUGUGAAACACCCAAAGUGAUGCCCAGAGAUACAGACCCCGAAUCUCAACCGCAUGCAGGCGGCAAUGGCAGCUCGCGCGGACACACCAGCCUGAUCGUAGUGCUGAUCAUCACCCUCACGUCUUCGUUGGCCGUCCUCGCCUUCUUCCUGUACAAGACGUCGCCCCGCUCGCUGCCCACCUUCGACAACCCGCUCUACUUCGGCAACGAGCGAACGCAGCCCGACGUGGUGGACACCAACAAACUGAUUGAGAAGGCCGAGGAGGAGAUCCCUGAGCCAAUUAUCGCCCUGUGAUCCGUGCACUGGCUGGUGGGAACGUGCUCAUCUCAGGCAAAUGUAUCACACUGGCACGCUCCACAUAUUUGUGUUCUACUGUAUAGGAUAUGUAUUCAGUUAUUUAAUAAUAGUAAGCGUGAGUUUCAGCGGCAGCAGCCAUGUGUGACCUUGUGGAACUGAACUUUUUAGGCUCUGGGAAGUCUUGCUGGAACUGAUUUGGUAGCUGAUUGUUUUUUUUUCUCUUAUUCUGCAAAUGAGUGUACAUAAUGAAUGAAAUGCUGUUCAUUGCUUGUGUUCGUCAAUUGUGUACAAAUGGCACUGCUUUAAAUGACAAUUAAACAUGGCUUCAAAUGUCA